GAUGGCAGAGCGCGGUGGCGGUGGCGGUCGGGCCAAGGGCAAAGGCAGCUCACGACGUGACCCAAAGCAGGCUUUCAAGGAGCGAGCAUCAGCGCGCCGUGCCGAGCAGGAGAUGCGCGGUGCCCAAGUUCAUGAGCCACAACACAGCAUUGACGCCCUUCUUUCUCAGGCUGAGUCUUUGCAGUCAACCAAUCCAGAUGUGGCACUUCAAUUUGUAACGCGUGCGUUGGCGCAGGACCCGCUCAACACCGAGGCGCUUGAGUUUCGGGCUGUCAUCAACCUCAGCCUUGAUCAUGCAGCGGAAGCCUAUGCUGAUUUGCGCAAAUGCGUCGAAAUUGAGCCGCACAAUGGCUGGAGCAAGUACAUGUACCUGGGCCAGCUGUCCUCGGGUCAAGAGGCUGCGGAUAUGCUGUCUGCGGGCAUUCAGCUCAUGGCUGAAUACGAAGCCAACGUGGCAAGCAAGCCAGGCGCUGAUCCAGAGGAGAUCAAAGGACUGCACGAGGACAUUUCUGCGGCCUUUUGCUCUCUGGCAGAAGUCUAUCUCACCGACUUGUGUGAGGAAGACGAGGCCCAGGAUACUUGUUUGGCUCUCAUGGACAAGGCACUAGCUUAUGACCCAACCAACAUUGAAGCAUUACAGACGCUGAGCUCAAUUCACAUGAGCAUGUCGCAGCCAGACCAGGCAUGGGAGCUACUAAAUCGCUCCCUGGCCGUGUGGUGGUACCCUCUGAACGGUGACGCUGAUCAGCAGGGUGCGGGUGAAGCCAUGGAUGUCGACGACGAUGCCGCUGCCCCUGCUGCCAUUCCACCCUAUGAGUUGCGCAUCAACACCUGCAAGCUUCUGAUUGAGAUGGAGCAAUAUCAACUUGCGGUCGAAGUGGCGGCGCACCUCCUGGAGGAAGAUGAGCAAAUUAUGCAGGUUUGGUACCUCUUUGGCUGGGCGCUGUAUUUGCAAAAAGAUCCAGAAGCCCUCAAGACUCUACAGCACGCGGAACAAGUCUACCUUGCACAGGAAUGCGAGCGUCCUGAUGUGUUGGAGCACAUCCAUGAGCUUUUGCGUGAACUGCAAAGCAACUCGGCAGAAUAAGCCGGUCCAGGUUCCUCCUUUAUUUCCGUUUCCUUGCACGAUUAAGCGCCGAGCGCAAUUUAUAAACUUCAGCUG